AUGAAGUGGGGACAGGAGCCUAAAUCGGCCCUUGGUGGAACAGGUGUGGUGGGACCAGGUGGGAUGGCAGAACACGCCCUCGUUUCAGCCUGUCCCCCGCGCCGGCCUGGACGGCUCCAACGCCACCUUCAGAGCGGCGAGUUCGACCAGCUAAGAGACUUCUGCAUCUUUGAGAGCAACUUCGUGCAGGUGACCCGGUUAGGAGAAGUUGCCAACAAGGUAACCAUGGGGGUGGCAGCCUCCAGCCCAGCCCUGGAACUCCCAGACCUGUUGCUGCUGGCGGGCCCUGCCAAGGAGAACGGACACCUGCAGCUCUUUGGGAUGUUCCCCUUGCGGUUCGUCCAACUCUUCGUCCACGACGAAAGACACCAGCAGCUCAAGGUCAAGUUUCAAACAGGCCGCACCUUCUACCUGCAGCUGCGGGGUCGGUCCAGGACCCGCGAAUGCGAGUUCGGCCAGUGGGUGCGGCUGGUCUACCGCCUGCGCUUCCACUCGGCCCAGGGAGCCGCGCCCGCCACGCAGGAGACCUGGGCGCUGGGCAACUGCGAGGAGGAGGAGGACGAUGAAGACGAGGACGACGAAGCCGAGGACGACGAAGCCGAGUAUCUGACCGUGGCGGAGGAAGAGGGGGGCGGGGCUUGCAGGAGGGAGGAGGGUGGCAAACCUCCAGAUGAGGGGUUUGGGAAAUGGGACAGACUCCAGGGUCUGAGGGAGGAGGUGGCUGGAGGCCUGGACUCCUGGGCAUGA